GGGUCUCAUGAAGGUGGGUUAUGGGGCCACAGGGCCUGAUAUCCGAGGGAUUAUCGAUCGAAAUACUCGCUCGAAAACUUCAGCGUUGUAGAAGGGGAAGAAGAAGAUGACCGACGGACGGACGACGACGACGAGUAAGGGAGGAGAUCUAUCGUUAAUUAACAGACAAGAAGCAAAAUGUCGUGGAUGUGGUUAGAAGCAGCUCUACCGCUCGGAAUCAUAGCAGGAAUGAUCAGUGUGAUGGGUAAUGCUCAGUAUUACAUCCACAAAGCCGCUCAUGGCCGGCCGAAGCACAUUGGUGAUGAUAUGUGGGAUGUGGCCAUGGAGAGAAGAGACAACAAGCUCAUGGACAAUCUUUCUGCCCCUUCACCCAAUUAGUUUUUUCUCUAUGGUACCUUAUCUUUCAAUCCGAAUGUGGCUUGCAUACGGCACUUAUUGGUAAUUUGCGUCAGUUUUUUUUUUUUUUUUUCUUUUUUGCUUUAUUGCUGGUUCUUGAAGCUGUAAUUGAUCAAAUGCUUCUGUCUACAGCUUUUGGGCAGACUUUAUGUGAAACCAUAACUUAAACUGCAAAAAUUUUAUGGUAAUUAUAGAACAGAUUGUUGAUUGUACAAAUCAACUACAUUUGGAUUGAUU